GCAUUUACUUGAUAAAUUUAUUCUAGUUGAAUUAAGCAAUUAAAUCACGUUUGUUUCUUCUAAUAAGCACAAAGAUACAUACACAUACAUAUUUACGUAAUCAACUGGCUUAAGAAAGUCGAUAAAAGUUCGAUUAUCGAUUAAAUACUUUCGAUAUUCUAGUAGUGCUCAUUUCAAGUAAUCAGUGAAGUUAAUCAGUGUCGCGUGUUCUGCAAAUAAACACAAGUUGAAUAUUAUUUCUUAGCAUUUCUAAUGAUUAUUGAAACCUUUGAAAAUAACAAGUGAAUAAUUUGUUGGACUUUGUGGAUUUUGAAGAUGGAAGAUGAAUCUAUUCAACCAGGGACGAGUCAAGCUGAUUUCAUUAAAGAAGGAUUAAACUUUGAUAUAAACCCAAAUGAACCAAUGACAAAAGCAGUUUUAAAUGAACAUCCACCUGAAGAGUGGAUAGAUAUCUUAGGAAAUGGACAGCUUAAAAAGAAAGUUAUAAAAAGUGGGAAAAAUGGAACACGACCAAAUAGAUCUGAUAUUUGUACUUUAAAAAUUAUUGGUAAAUUAAAAGAUGGUACGACGGUUGAAGAAUAUGAAGACCUCAAAAUUCAAUUAGGUGAUGUUGAAGUGAUUCAGGGAUUAGAUUUAGCAAUUGCAUUAAUGGAUGUAAAUGAAGUUGCUGAAAUUGAGAUUGAUCCAAGGUUUGCUUAUGGUUCUCUAGGAAAAGAACCAAAUAUUCCACCAAAUGCCACUAUUUUAUAUACAGUUGAAUUGAAGUCCAGUGAAUUAGAAGAAGAAACAGAAACACUCCAUGUCAAUCAGCGAAAAGAAAUUGGCAAUAAAAAACGGGAACGGGGCAAUUGGUGGUUUACUCGUAAUGAACCAACGCUUGCGAUUCAGUGUUAUCGGAGAGCAUUAGAAUUUUUGUUACCAACAGAAAGUCGUACAUCUUACCAAAAUGAAGUGGAAGAUACUACUACUGAUGCAGAAUUACAGGCUUUACUGGAGGAUCGUAUGAAAGUAUAUAAUAAUCUAGCAGCUGCACAAAUGAAAACACAAGCUUAUGAUGCAGCAUUGAAAAGUGUAGAAAGUGUUCUAAGUUGUCAACCUCAAAAUGUAAAAGCGCUCUUUAGGAAAGGAAAAAUUUUGCAUUAUAAAGGAGAACAUGCAUUAGCAUAUCAAACAUUGCUUCAAGCAGCAAAAUUGGAGCCAGAAACAAAGGCUAUUCAGUCGGAAUUAGCUAUUUUAAAAGAGAAGAAUGCUAAGGACGCUCAGCAUGAAAAAAAUCUGUAUCGUAAAAUGUUAGGAGCACAUAAAAAUGACAAUAAUUCUCAAAAAAAUACAAAAGAACAAAAAAGUAAAAAUUCAUCAAAGCUUACAUGGAGUUUAAUUGGUGGAGCAACUGCAGCAAUUUUAAGCGUAUUUUUAUAUAGAUUUGUUUCGUGAAAAAAAUUUAGGAAAAAAUUUAAAUGAAACACAUUGUCUAAGCUAUAUAAGUAUAAAUAUAUAUAAUUAAGUAUCAUAGACUUCAAACUAAAAGACAUAAGUAUAAAAACAAGUAAAGAUUUGAUAACUUUAAUAAUAUACGAACAAAUCAAAAGAAAAGAUCAUACUAUUAAUAAAAUUUUAUUUAAAUUUUGUUCAAAUCUUGUAUUAUAUAUUAUGUCUGUAAGUUUUGCAACAAAAAUUAGCAUACAAAAAUAUAGUCAGUCUUUUCAAUUGGAUAUUUACAAUAUACGGGGUGCUAAAAAAGGGUAAGACUAUAUUUGAGUAAUUACAUACAUAUUCUAAAUGUGUAAACUUCGUUGACAUAUAUAUCAACAUGAACUUUUUGCAUUUACGAACGUAAUUAAUAAGAGGAAGAUUCUCAUAAUCUUACUCAUAUUAAUUAUUUAUUUAUCUUAAUAUUAAUAAUGAAAUAAGAAAUACUAUAGAA